CGAAAGAAGCGUCUGGGCCAACUUGAGGGCUGCCACGAUGAUGACGGGCCCUUGCUGGGCCAGAUCCCUCCUCGCCCUUCUAUUUUUGGCGACCGCGGGCUUCUCUGCCGCUUUCGUGCCGCACUCUCUUCCACGCGGCGGCUCCAUGUCUGCAUUCCCCUCCGCAAUGCGUCGCCGCUCGGUCCGCAUGUCGGCCGCUGCAGAGGUCGAACAGACGAACAGGGUGCGCCCACUGCAGGGCCUGGAGGAGGUGCAGGCAGCCAUUGAGAAGGACAGCGGUGUCAACGUCAUCUCAGUGGUGUUCAUCCAAGCCAAGUGGUGCAAGAACUGCGCAGCCACGCGGCCCGUCCUCGAGGGGCUCGCCAAGGAGUGCGCAGAGGCCAAGACGCCAGUCAGCUUCUACUCCAUCGACUUUGACGAGAGCAAGACAGCCAUGACCGACAUAGCACCGACCUUAUCACGGCUGCCGUGGUGCCUCCUGUACGCCGCCGGCAGCGUGACGGCGUCAGAGAGCUUCGCGUGUGGCGAGUCGAAGGUUUACGGCGUGCUGAAGCCGCUGAUUGACCUGUAUUCCGGUCAGAAGGCUGGAGGGAGGGGAGGGGGUGAGUCGGUGGAGGUUGGUGUGACGCUCAAGCAGGAGCAGGAGAGCGAGCAGGAGCUGAUGGAGGCGCUGAAUGAGGUGUCGUCACCCGCUGUCACUAAGAUGUUUAACGAUCUUUACAAACCACAGCCAGGUCAGCCACAUGAACACGAACCACACGUAACCAUCCACCCCACCUGCCCAUUUCUGCCCAUCUGACAGGGAAGCGGAUCAUCGGUGGGCUGCUGCUCGACACGCCGAAGGACGAGCUCGAGAAGCUGCCGGACCCGUCAGAGCUGGAGGCCCUUCGCAAGAAGGCGGCAUCAGAUCUGAUCAACAUCGGCGCGGACGAGAGGCGGCGCCGUGCCAUCGCCGGGGCGGCCUCGGCGCUCGCCACCCUGGCCAUUGGGUUCGCCUGUGUGAAGACGGGUGCAUCACCACUCGCCAGGUUUGGUGCCGUCAUUGUGCCGACAUUCUUCACGGUUGGGUUCUCGCUGAGCGCCAAGGAGGGCCUCUGAAACGUCGCGCAAGCAGG